ACAACGACGACGACAACAACAACAACAACAACAACAACUUGCAUAGAGUGAUAUGAAUACAAUCCUCCAAACUAUUUGGCACUUAACAUUAGCGAUGGUGACCAGGUCAAACAGAAAUCCCACAGCAUAUAAAAUCCUUGGCAUUUUUCUUCAGAGGAAAGCCAUUAAAUUCCUCUUAUAGCAAUUUUUAUGAAAAAAAAAAAAAACAUAACAAGGGCACACUUUGCGAACUCCUUGAACUGGUAUGAAAAAAAAAAUAAUGCUAAGAAUUGAAGCAUAUCAAUCAACAGGCAGUUUGAAGCAACAUCCUUUUUCACUACCUUCAGCACAUCUUCUCUGGCAGGUAGCAGUACCAUGAUAUCCUUUCAAGAAGUUAUAACCCCUCCUUUCUAGCCAUAAAAAGUACUCAACAUAGAGGGAAAGGGAUAUAACUUAGCAAAUUGAAAAUGAAGUACCUUAUGUUGUUGAGUUGGAAAGGGAUAGUAGCUUGCUCAACAUUUCUUGAUCUUGUAAAACAGAACAAAAAGGUGUUAUAAUU